UAGAUUCAUUGAGGGACCAACUUAUCGAAUAUAUAAAUAGAAGUGUUGGAACAAUAAAAUCAGAUUUGAAAUCAAUAGAAAACGCAGAAAUGAAAACAAUCCAAGGCACUUGUUCAAAACUGUCUGCAUUGAUUUCCGAGACAUCAUCCAUGAAAUCUAAGAUGGAUCAGAAUGUACGGGAAUGUAAAAGAUGUGAAUUGUUCAUUGCCAUGAAAGAUAUGCAAACGAAGCAAAAAGCCCUACAGCAGAAUGUAUUGGAGGUGAAGCGGCACAAGUUGAGGGACUUUGUGUUUGAAGCAAAUAGCAGUAUCAAAUCUUUGAUGAAAAAUCAUAUUCCGUUGGGAAAUCUAGUUUUUAAACAAAAUUCAAAGCCCACUGUAGAAGUACCAGAUGUAGAUACACAGAAGUCGUUCGUUGCAAACCAAUUACAGAAACCAUUAAUUGAAGGAGAGACAUGGUAAGUUUUUAUUUGAAUAUCUAUAUUAUGUUUUUGAUAUAUUUAAUAUUAAACUCGGAAACUUUGUACCUUCAUAGUGUUUUCUAACUGCACUUGUAUCUCACAAAACAGCGUUUCCAGUAUAAUAACACGUCACUAUAUAUUUUAUAUUUAAAGGCACAUUACGUCCCAAAAAUGCCUUUAUUUUCAUUUCUGUAGAGCUUUUUAUGUUUGGUGUACAUUAAUAGUUUCCUAAAAAGUUACAUAUUGGCUAAUUAUAUUAAUUAUCUUACCCUUAAUAAAGUUAUUAUGGUUCAUUGCUUUGUAUACAUAUCAAAAACUAUUUGUUCGCAUUUUGAUACCGUGAUUACAAAUUAUUUCACAUGUAGAGCUACUUUUUUCAAGUUACAAACAUGUUGUAAAACCGCUAUCUAAACG